GUGGUUUGUUUUUGGUGCACACGCACCCCUCCCUCUCGCGGGGCACAUGGUACGGUCCGCGCCGCGUCAUCCAUUGUUUACAAAUGAACUCGGUUUGUGCCGAGCGGCGUGGUGAGCGCGAGGAGCGGCCCGGCGGCUCAGACACACCGAAACAAAAACACGAACACCGAGACCCGAGACCCGAGACCCGAGACCCGGGACCAUGCCGUGUCGGAAGGAGAACUACAUCUUUCUGGAGCAGUCCGUCACCGUCGACUCGAAGGAGGUGGACGCGCUGGUGACAAAGAUCGGCGAGGCGCUGCAGCUCCACAGCAACAACGGCGGCCACCAGAAGACCGUGUCCGUGUCCAUGUCGUGCCUGCACGGGCUCACCGGCGGCGGCGGCGGCACCGUCGGGGUCAAACCGGCGGCUAUCAUCGGGGGAGGCUGCGCGGCGGCACCGGCGCAGAAACGUAACGGCUGCUGCAUGCGGCUCCGGAGCCGGGGACACCGAGGGAGCAGCAGGGCGAGCCCGUAUAACAUCCCCGGGUCCAACGGCGACCAGGACUGGGACCAAAUCAAACCGUGGAACAAAAAGAGGGUCGACGUGGAGGAGGACGACCCGCACCGGCUGCUGCAGGACUUGAUACUGUCGGGGAAUCUGAUCAAAGAGGCCGUGAGGAGGCUGCAGUUCUCCGCCGCAGACUGUGCAGAUUUCCCCAAAGACGACGGACAGUGUGCCGUGCUGAUACCGUAACGGACGGACCGGGGACGGGCUUCCCUCCGCAGCGUCCUCCGGGACGUGACACAAAAACAGACUGUGUGCACGAGGACUGUUUAGAAUAUGAAUAUUCACGUGACUGGUAGCUACGUUUUUCUAAUUUCACACA